AUGCCCGGUAGAAGGCCAUACCGCCAAAUCAUCGACGGCGUGCCAAGGUGUGCUUGGCUGACGCCGGAACUCUUUCAGAAAGGCCUAUCGUUCCGUGCCGCCGACGGCGACGUCGUUCAGAGCACGUUCCCGAAAAGCGCCACCCACUGGAUCCAGUACAUCACACAGCUGAUCAUCAACGGAGGCGAACACAUUGACACCUACCACGAUUUCGUUUGCAACUAUCGCGCCAUCGAGUACAUGGACUUCGCCGACUGGAAGCCCGUACUUCCUGUGCGACUGCUCAUGACUCACCUGCCACUGUAUCGCGAGACCAUGAAUGAAAAGUCGAAAUACAUCUACGUCGCUCGCAACCCGUGGGAUGUGUGCGUCUCCCUAUUUCACAUGGUAACGGACCUCAGCGUGUACCAGUUUCAGGACGGCACUUUCGAAGAGUUCUUCGAGGCUUUCGUUGAAGGUGACGUGGGAUACGGCAGCUACUUUGAACACGUGGCGGCCGGUUAUGCCCUGAAGAACGAACCGAAUGUGUUCUUCGCCACGUACGAAGAGCUCAAGAAAGACACCCGAGGCACCGUACUCAGGCUGGCUCACUUCUUGGGCGAUAGUUAUGGCAGAGCCUUGGAAGAGGACGAACAGAUGCUUACGAACAUUCUGGAGUGGUCCAAGCCUGAGCAUAUGAGGAGCGUGAUAGUAGCCGAUAUGAAGUCUCCCAAAGUUUCCGGAUGGUAUGAGUUCCACACUAGGAACAAGGCCAGGAGCAGGCAUGGUCAUGAUGGAGACAAUGGCAAGUACACUGUCGUUAGACAAGCUAAGGUAGGAAACUGGAAAAGUUAUUUCACUCCAGAACUGCUAGCCCGCUUUGAGAAGAAAAUACAGGAGGAAGGGGACAACGCUAAAUUCAUGCAGUUGUGGAGCGGCACUCGCGAGGAGGCGAUAGCGAUGUUUCAAGCUUCAAAGUAGCAUCGACAAUAUUGGUAGGCACGAAUUUUUAAUGUACACUGGUUUCAUGUAAUCUACCGUUUUUUUUUCUCAAAAUUAUAUUUUUAAAAAUAUUCAACAGUAAGGUAUGCGACUGGUUCAUGUUUUCGUGGUGAUUGACAGUGGU